AGAGCCCAGAUUGAGAAUAUAAUCGGCAGAAUUUAGCGACGGCAGCGGGACGGAAAUAUCGAGCAGGAGGGGGGACGGGCCGAGCGCCAGACGCGCUUCUGUCAUCCACCUGUGAGAAGCCCCGGUUUGAGGCUCCCUGGCUUCGUGGAUCGUGGAUCGUGGAUCGUGGAUCGUAGAUCGGGUUUGGUGCUUUGGAGAACACUUUGGUGGGGCUCUUAGGCAACGUUGGAACGCGCGGCGCGCAGGUUCAGUUGUCAUUGCGACUCCGGCGACUCCGUCGAGGAGGCACUCGCGCGCUGCGUUACUUCUAUUUUCGAAAUCGUCGUGAACGUGAAAAGAAGAAGUUGUGUCUUUUUACACGGAUGCCCAUACAAUUCUCUAAGCUUGUCUUCAGCGAGAAACCCGGAGCAAGAGGAAUCCUGAAUGCAACAAGUAAUUGCCGCUGAAUUUGUACAAGGACGCGCGUAGGAAUGUCCCAAGGCGACACGCUCGUCGCCGAUCAAUCCGGCGCGUCGAGUUUCAAUAUCGCGGAUGCGCGUGUGCGGGCGCGAUCGAUGGAUGUAAAGUAGUGCAAAUCGUUUUAAUUAAACAAUUUGAUUACGUCGUGAAUGCACGUGCAUUUGCCUUUCCCCGAUAGUCUGACGUUUCCCGGCGAGCCGACGAGACGAGCCAGCCGAGUGUCCCGUUGCAAUUACGAUACUUUCAAACAUCGCGAUUCCGUGUCCAGCGAUCGAUCCGCUGCCGUGACGAUCGGAUCGAAUUUAUGUAGAAAGAAUUUGUAACGGGCCGGAAGGGGCGGGAAGGGACUCGACGAAAGCGAAGAAGAAGCAGGAAGUCAGGAAUUCGAAGUAGCGCCUACGCAGCCGCCUUGUCUCGCGUGCACCUCUUUUCCUGACAUUUCAGACAUCUACGGGCUGACGGAUUGCAAUCGGAGUAGCAGAAACACGUGUCGGAGCACGUGGACCUGAGUGCGUGCACAGGGCAACGGGGCACGCGCCUCCGUACAGCAGCCGGCUUUUCCGGCUUUUCCAUCCCCUCGGUGCACGGGGUGCGUGACGUGACGUCACGUGACCUUACGUGACGUAUGGCCAGCCGGAAAAAUUACCAGCAACGUUAUUGAGAAAAGUGCGUGUAAAUUGUUGGCAUCGAUCAUCCGGCGGUUCCUCCGUCUACUCUGGGAUUCCUCGGGUGACUCAUCGGCAGAUCGCGCCUCGAUCGGCUCCGCCUCGGGCAGCAGGCAGGUGUAUACGUUCCGGGAGUCUAACGAUCAGCACGAAGGUCAAGGUUUGCUGGGCACGGAGGGGCUGAAAGUUUGAAGAAUUUUUGUCGAAAAAUAAGUGGGACCUUGUCAGGGUUGGGGAGCGAGAGGGGUGAAGGGUCACGCGAGAUUUCAAACUUUCGAGCGGGUGAGAAGUCGCGAUAGCGUUUGAACUGUGUGUUAUGAAUUCACUUAGAAAAAUGUACAAUGCGACCAGUUAGUACUUAUAAAUAUUAACGAGGCGAUCGGCUCCUCGCCAAAUUACCAUUACGCAUCCGCCCGUGGAAUCCUACCAGAGUUCAUUGAUGGUCGCUCGUAAUAAUAGGUGAACCUCGAGUGAACGUAGCGCGGGGUUCGUCUCAUCGUCUGCUCGAGCUUUCGCUAAAAAUAGAAAAGCGGAAGUAGGAAGGAAGCGAAAACGAUGCCGGAGGAGGUGCGCGCGCACGAUGUCGGCACACUGACACCGAGGGGUGCCUACCCGAUGGAUCCCCACGAGGAGGGUCAGUGCGCGCCAAGAAGCCGCCCCGUCAGCUUCUACGACAACUUCAAGGACGUGCCAGCGAUGCCGCCCUGCGUCACGACUGCGAUGAGCGUCGGGAAUCUGAGUGAAGUCCGCGAGAACGGCGCGUCGUCAGCAACGGCACCGGGGAACAGAGUGAGCAGCGCCGUCAGCGCAGGAAACGUCGCCAGGAUUCACCACGUAAGAGUCACAGGAGCAGUCUCCACCGGAAACAUUGGGAAAAUGUUCCGCCCGGAGAAGGAGAAGGAACUGGGCCGAGCACCGUCGAUGGCGAAUUGCCUCUCGACGACUGUACCUGUUAACUUGGCGGCCUCGCAGAUUGCCGGCCGACACACGCCGACCAGGAAUUCCUUGAGGCACAGUCGAAUGAUCGUCAUGAACAGGACUGGAAAUAUUCCGCGGAAAUCUCAGCCGCCGCUGCUUCGGCAUCGGAAGCUAGCGAGAUGCUUGGCCGUGAUGCAGACGGUCCUGGGAAUUGCUGUGACUUCGCUGUCGUUGUGGCUGCUGCUCUGGUCGCCGAAUUUACCGCUGACAGACAAUCCCUACUGGAGUGGAAUGCCCCUCCUGCUCUCCGGGAGUUUUGGUGUCUGCCUGUUAUGCUGCUUCAAGAAGGAAUAUCCGGGAAUGAGUCCAGGAUUCUGUCUCUCGGCAACCAAGGUAGUAAGUGUCUUCCUGUCGACUCUCGCAAGUGCAGCUUGCAUAAUAGCGUGCGUCGCAUCUGCGAUGCAUCUGGCACGUUUAACGGGGCUCGAGUGCACGCCACCUCGCGUACUGAACGCAACCUGCGUCUGCAGACCACGUGGGGAUUUCUCAAAUCCUUCCCAAUCGCUUCUUCGCUACGAGGAUCUCAACUGUCCGGACGUUGAGAACAUACUGACGAUCCUCUUGAUUUUUUCAUCGACCUGCAACGGCUUGGGAGCCAUUGUUGCUGGUUGGUACUGUUACCUUCACUGGAGCACACGGGAGAAGAGACCAAAGUACAUGCAAGUGCGGACCAAUCCGAAUAGCGGAAACAGUAUUCUGUCGAGGCCGAUUUAUAAUCCGAACUUGAACGGGCGAUGACGGGGGCAGAUCGUGUCGCCAUCUAGAGGAAACUGUGUGGUACUCGAGUUUGACAAUUUUCAGUGAGUCAAAGACGUAGCGAGACGCGAAGGUCGACCCGGCUGUACCAAAGUCAGGAAGUCGGGAAGCUGUGAAGCCUAGUAACUAGACUCUGGCCAGACUCGUUCUUUCUGCGACGAAUGACACUGUAGCUACAGUAUUCAUAGAGAUAAUGGACGUCUGCAUUCGUGCCUGAGAUAAUUUUUAUUCGGACAACAAUUACUCAGUGCACUCGACCAAAUUGCAAACGUCUGGCGCAAGGUACUUACACAUUGCUACACCAUCCGUUAGUAAGGAAUAGAUUUAAGUAAUAAUGGACCAAAAGAUAAGCUAGUGAUAAGGGGGAUAAUUCCGUGCCGUAAGUUUGUCUGUGAAUUACUUAUAUGAAUUAAUACAAUGUGAAAAUAUUGGGCGUUAACGAAGGCUGAAAAAAAACUAGGAGAAACUGAACAGGGAUGCUUGUUUCGUAUGACGUACUCAGGGUGGGAUUUUGUACACAGACUAGACGCGUGACAGUUUUCCAACGUACUUAGAGACAAUCUUUGGCGACAAGAGGACUGCUAUAUGUGUAACGAAUAUAUAUGGAGUUCAAUUGCUAUUUUCGCAACUGGAUCGAAAUGGAAUCGCACGAAUAAUGACAGGUUAACAGGCUUGAUGUGUUUGUGAUUUUUAUUCACCGUGAGGGAAGUGACCUGUCACGGAUGAAGAUAACAAUGUUCAUUCGUAAGGCAUACGUGUGUAAUUUUUACAAAUAUAGAAAAUAAGAUUUCCCGCGGAUACAUAUCUAUAUAUAGAUAGUGGUCAGACGAGUCGUGUCUGCAUACGUGCGCACCUUGUGAAGGAGAAUAAAGAUAUUUAUAAUGCUGGCGCA